CCGCACGCUCGGCUAUGAAGCUCCUCGUCGUCUGCUGCCUCGGCCUGGCGGCUGGCCUUGUGCACGCGACCACGCUCGCCGUCGUCGACGAGCGGUCGGCGACAUCCACCUUCGACCAGCUGUGGAGCGCUCUCUCUGAUGACGGUCACGACGUGGUCGUCAGCAACCCGCAAGAGGCCGCCGCCAAGCUCCGCCACGAGGGCGACCGCUUCCAGCACCUCGUCGUCUUCUCGCCCUCGGUCAAGGACCUGCCCGCCGAGUUGGCUCCCCAAGCCCUCGCUCGUCGGCUCCAAGGCGGCACCAACCUCGUCCUCGUCGCGCCGGCAGACGCUCCCGAGCUGUGGCGCGACUUUGCGCGCGAGUUCGAGGUCGACCUCGGCGACCGCGGCCAGCACGUCGUCGACCACCUCGCGUUCGACAAGCUCGGCGACGAUGGCUCGCACAGCCUCCUCUCGCUCGCGCCCGCCAACUCGCCGUCGCCCUUCGUAUCUGCGGCAACUCGUCGAGGUCCAAACGUCCUGUAUCGAGGAGCAGGUCACACGGUCGGGCGCCACCCCCUCCUCACGCCCAUCCUCCGCGCCGGCCCGACCGCCUUCCUCGCCGACGCCUCGUCCAGUGCUGCGUCCUCGGACGCUCGCUCUGCCGGCAGCAGCCUUGCCCUCGUCAGUGCCUUCCAGGCCCGCAACAACGCUCGCGCCCUCUUCAUCGGCUCCGCCGACCUCUUCUCGGACGAGCUGCUCGCGCGACCUGGCUCGGGCAACCUCGCGUUCGCUCUCGACAUCCUCUCGUGGGCGUUCCAGAAGACCGGGCAGCUCCGCCUCGCCGACCUGAGCCAUCGUGCGGUCGGGCACGUUGAUGGCGCCCCUUCUUACCGCACCGGCACUGAACUGAAAGUCGAGGUCGCGGUGUCUGCGACGCCGGCGUACGACGAGGACGACCUGCAGUUCGAGUUCGGCAUGCUCGACCCGCAUGUGCGCCUGCCCCUCGUCCCGGCGUCAGCACCUCGAGUCGCCGGCGCGAGCAACACGACCCGGUUCGAGGCCGCUUUCGUCAUCCCGGACCGCCACGGCGUCUUUACCUUGCGCGUGGACCACCGGCGGCCCGGUUGGACGAGCAUGCUGCAGACGCAGGCGGUCCCGGUGACGCCGCCGAGGCACGACGAGUACGAGCGGUUCCUCGCCGGCGCCUUGCCUUGGUACGGCGGCGCCGCGAGCGUUUCGGCCCUGUUCCUCGUCUUUGUCGCCGUGUGGACGUCGCAGUCGUAGCUUUCGAGUGCAACUGCUUGACGUCGGUCUCUCAGCGA